AUGGUCUCCUUGCAACACAAGAAGAACGAGAAAGCUCGUACUAAGCAAAGGGCGCUCAAGUCAACAGGGGGGAAGGUGCCCCACAAGCAGCUGGCCACCAUGCCUGCACGGGCAGCGUGCAGAAGCCGCUACCGGCUGGACACCAUGGUGCUAUGGGAGAUCCACUGCUACCAGAAGUCCACCGAGCUGCUCAUCCGCAAGCUGCCGUUCCAGUGGCUGGUGCGCAAGGCCAACCUGGUGGGGCUCUUCGAGGACACCAGCCUCUGCGCAUUCCCUGCCAAGCGCAUCACCAUCAUGCCCAAAGACAUCCAGCUGGCGUGCCGCAUCCACGAAGAGAGAGCAUAA